AUGCGGUCCCGGUUUCUUCGGGGAGCGGCCCGGUGUCUGUGGGCGCGGCCGGCCCUGGGCCCCAGCCGCCGGCCUCUCAGCUGCGGUCACCCGGCGGUGGAGGAGCUGUUCGCACGCGGCGGGCCCUUGCGGACCUUUCUGGAGCGGCAGGCAAGCUCUGACGCCCCGUUGCAGGUCAGGAGGCCCGAGCUGGUGGCGGCCGCCAAACUCCUGAGCGAGAAGGAGCAGGAACUGCGGGAGACCGAGCAUCUGCUACGCGAUGAGAAUGAAGAUUUAAGGAGACUUGCAGAGAAUGAAAUAACUCUGUGUCAAAAAGAAAUUACACAGCUGAAGCAACAGAUCGUUUUACUUUUGGUUCCCUCAGAAGAAACAGAUGAAAAUGAUUUGGUCCUGGAGGUAACUGCAGGAAUUGGGGGUCAGGAGGCAAUGUUGUUUACUUCAGAGAUGUUUGAUAUGUAUCAGCAAUAUGCUGCAUUUAAAAGAUGGCAUUUUGAAACCCUGGAAUAUUUUCCAAGUGAAAUAGGUGGCCUUAGACAUGCAUCCGCCAGCAUUGGGGGUUCAGAAGCCUAUAAGCUCAUGAAAUUUGAAGGAGGUGUGCACAGAGUACAGAGAGUGCCAAAAACAGAGAGGCAAGGCCGCAUCCAUACUAGCACUAUGACUGUAGCAAUACUACCCCAACCUACUGAGAUUAACCUGGUGGUUAAUCCUAAAGAUUUGAGAAUUGAUACAAAACGAGCCAGCGGAGCUGGGGGGCAGCAUGUAAAUACCACAGACAGUGCCGUCCGGAUAGUUCAUCUUCCCACAGGUAUUGUUUCUGAAUGCCAACAAGAGAGAUCUCAACUGAAAAAUAGAGAGAUGGCCAUGAAAAAGUUAUGUGCAAAACUCUACAGCAUGCAUCUAGAAGAAGAAACAAGUAAAAGAUAUAAUGCCAGGAAGAUUCAGGUUGGAACUAAAGGAAGGUCAGAGAAAAUAAGAACAUAUAAUUUUCCACAAAAUCGGGUCACAGAUCACAGAAUAAACAAAUCAGUGCAUGAUCUGGAAGCUUUUAUGAAAGGAGAUUACCAACUGGAUGAAAUGAUACAGUCAUUGAAAGACUAUGCUAAUUAUGAAUCUUUAUUAGAAAUUAUUUCCAAAAACCUUUAAGUCUAUUUGUUGUUAAUGUGUCUGGGAAAGCAGAAGAUGGUCCAACUAUUUGGACCUUUGCCACUGAUGUCAGACCCAGAUGGAGUUCCAGGUUCCUGGCUUCAGCCUGGCCCAGCCCUGACCACUGUAGCCAUUUGAAGAGUGAACCAGCAAUGGAAGCUGUCUGUCUCUCCCUCUCUUUCUGUAAUAACUCUGCCUUUCAAAUAAAUAAGUCUUAACAAAAAACUUCUAAGAAGUUCAAACUAAAAUACUAGAAAUACGGCAAUACUCAUUUUUUAGGGUCCAGUCAGGAGACAGAUACCAUAUCAUUAAUUCAACUAAUGGAAUUAGCUGUUAGAAGGAUGUGAAGAGAGAAAUGUGAUACACUAGGACUGAGAGGGUACUCUAAGACCAAGGGUAUCCAGGGAAGGAAACCUUUUGGAGAUUGAGCCUCAGCAGAUGUCCAUAUUAGGAUUCUCCAGAAGGUAGAACCAAUGUAUAUGCAGAGAUUUACUGUAAGGAUUGCCCAGGUUUCAGGAUGACAGUCUGAAGUCUGAGCCAGCAAAAGCUGAUGAUGAUGCAGUUCCAGUCAUCAGGCAGUCUGCUGGAGAUUUCUCUUGCCUGGAGGAAGCUGUUCUUUUUGUUACUAAGGUCAUCAACUGACCAAGUAAAGCCCUCUGACAUAAUGGAGUCUGCUUUACUCAGACUUCACUAAUUUCAAUCUCAAUGUCAAGUAAAAGCAUACUCACAGAAAUGCCCAAAAUAAUGUUUGAUGAAAUAUCUGGGUACCCUGUGGUCCAGAAAACUUUACAUAUAAAAUUAAUCAUCAUAGUAUCCAAACUUUUGCAACCUAAAUGCCUCCCUCCCAAAAGACCUACUUUCCAACACUUGAAUGUGCAUAGGGGUAGGUGUAGGGCACACAGAUUGUGGGAUAUGAUAAAGUGCUAUGGAAUAUAAAUGAAAGGGCAGUUAAUUCUGCUUACGGGGCAAGAUGCCCUUUGGGUUGAACCUUGAAAUUUAUACAAAGUUUCCCAGGCAGAGGAUCAGCAGGAGUGACAAUGCAUGCUUUAUAGUUAAAAUAACUCGGUAUAUGGGUUGUGCAAGAACUGGUAAAUUCUGAGAAUCUUAAAGACAGGAUUCCAGCUGCUUCUGCAACAACUGUGGUACUCUACUUUUUCCAGGUUUUCAAAGUUAAAUUUGAUGAGUUUAUAUUAGCUUUGCUCUCAUAAAUACAUUAAUUUUAGAAGGACUUGAAGAAUUUGGUACUUUUUGCCCUUCUGCCUUGUCGAGGACACAGUAUCCCUCACCUUGAGGACAAAGCAUUCUAAGCACUAUCUGGGAAGUCUGCAGCAGCACUCACCAGGUGUCAAAGCCCUGAUCUUGGCCUUAGCUCCAGAACUGUAAAAAAGUUUUGUGUUAUUACCCAACCUGUGGUAUUGUUAGAGCACCACAAAAUUGACUAACAUACUAUACCUGGAAGAUAACAUGUAUCAUGGAGUUGAUGAAGCUUGGUAGGUAAAGCCGUCAUCUGCCAUGCCCGCAUCCCAUGUGAGCACUAGUCUGUGACCAAUUCUCCACUUCUGAUCCAGCUCUCUGCUUAUUUGCCCUGGAAAGCAGUGGAAGAUGGCCCAAGUCUGUAGGCCCCUGCUCCCAUGUGGGAGACCUAGGAGACGCUUUGGACUCCUGGCUUCAGCCUGGUCCAGCCCCAGCUGUAGUAGCCAUUUGGGGAGUGAACCAGCAGAUGGAAGAUCUCUAACUCUGAAAUAAAUAAUAUUUAAAAAACAAGAAGGGCCGGUGCUGUGAUGUAGCAGGUGAAGCCACCGCCUGCAGUGCCAGCAUCCCAUGUUGGGGCUGGUUUGAGUCCCGGCUGCUCCAUUUCCAAUCCAGCUCUGUGCUGUGGCCUGGGAAAGCGGUGGAAGAUGGCUCAAGUGCUUGGGCCCCUGCACCUGCGUGGGGGACUCAGAGGAAGCUCCUGGUUCCUGGCUUAGGAUAGGCCCAGCUCCGGCCGUCGCAGCCAUCUGGGAAGUGAAUCAGCAGGUGGAAGACUUUUCUUUCUGCUUCUCAUAACUUUGCCUUUCAAAUAAAUGAAAAAUCUUUAAAAAAAAAAAAAAA